GAAACAGAGCGACUCGCUGCUGGAGUGGCAACAUGUCACAGCAGGAACAGAGCAGUACCCAGACUGGACUGGAGGAGGCGCUGUUCUCAACCAAUGAACUGAGUGAUCCGGUGAACGGAUCCGCUGAACGGAUCACUGAUCCGACAGGUUCAGUUCACUCAGAUGAACGGUUCUUCUGCUCCUCCUUCUUCCUGUUUCCUUCGCAGCUCGUGGAUUAUCGGUGUUUCCGAAUAUUUGAUAUUUUAUUGAUUAUUGGCCGACAAACAGCAAUAUAAUCAGGUUUAAUGUUAAAGUGAAUCUUCUGGUGCUUUGUUGUUUCUAUGUAAUGUCGCGGUAAGAGAAAUAGGAGAAACUGUGACGGUGGAUUGAAACCAGGAAAUGGAUUCUCUAGCAGCGACUUCAUUGUUUUCGGCUCUGAACUUCAUCAUCAUCAUCUUCAUCUCUUCUGUCUCUACAGAUCAGAUAAACAUCACAGCUGAAGUUGGACAGGAAACAUUUCUGCCCUGCAGAUCUCCUGAUAAUAAACCUGUUCUAAUCUUACAGUGGAUUAGAUCUGAUCUGGGGUCAGAAUAUGUUCUUCUGUACAGAAAUAAGAAGAUUAAUCUAGAAAACCAGCAUGUGAUGUUUAAGGACCGAGUGGAUCUGCAGGACAGACAGAUGAAGGAUGGAAACGUGUCUUUGGUUCUGAAGAACGUGACGACUGACGACAGAGGAGCUUAUGAAUGUCGAAUCAUUCAGACAGAAACAAACAGCAGAACUGAGACAGUCUUCAUCAUCAACUUGGAUGUUCUUCUUCCUCCUCCAGAUCAGACAAACAUCACAGCUGAAGUUGGACAGGAAACAUUUCUGCCCUGCAGAUCUCCUGAUAAUAAACCUGUUCUAGUCUUAGAGUGGAGGAGAUCUGAUCUGGGGUCAGAAUAUGUUCUUCUGUACAGAAAUGAUCAGAUUGAUCUAGAAAACCAGCAUGUGAUGUUUAAGGACCGAGUGGAUCUGCAGGACAGACAGAUGAAGGAUGGAAACGUGUCUUUGGUUCUGAAGAAAGUGACGACUGACGACAGAGGAGCUUAUGAAUGUCAAAUCAUUCAGACAGAAACAAACAGCCGGAGGAAAACCAUCAUCAUCAUCAACCUGAUAGUAACGUCUCCAGGUGAACCUGAUGGAGGGAACCGAGACGGACCUGCUGGUCUGAUUGGUCUGGUGCUUGGUCUGGUGGUAGCUUCAGUUAUUUUAGUUAUUAUUGUUGUUUUUGUUUGUUUGAUCCGUAAAAAAAAGGCAUGUUGGAGUCCAAAGUCAAAGCAGAGUUCUGAAGAACCACUUCAAGCUGAGCAGGCUUAACGGAUCAGAACCGACCAGCUGGGCAGUGAAUCCAGUCUGAUCUGAAGGAUGAUGGAUCCAGAACCUUCAUCAUGAAUCAGACUGACUGUUUUCAUCGGAACCAAACAGAGGAAACCCAAACUGGUAUCAGCUGGUUCUGUCCUUCACCAGAACCAAACCAGGCCGUUACAGAACCGUUACAGAACCAAACCAGGCCGUUACAGAACCGUUACAGAACUGCUACAGAACCGUUACAGAACCGUUCCAGAACCAAACCAGGCCGUUACAGAACCGUUACAGAACCGUUGUUCCAGAACCCGUCCAAACUGGACUGAAUGCUUCAUUAUUACAGAAACUGAAUGAAGCUGCAGGUUGGUGUCAGGAUCUGCUGACAGUUUGUGACUUUUAGACGUUUCUUCUGGAUUUAAAAUGUUUUUAUUUUAUAUUUCUGUUUUUAUUUUAUGCAUUUAUUCAGGAUGGAUCUCACUUAGAAACUAAAACUCAUUUUCACAAGAAACUUGUUCCAACCUCAUAUACAGUCAUAUUCAAUAACCUGGAAUAUUAUUGAAAAGUUCAUUUUUUCAGAAACUCAAUUCAAAAAGUGAAACAGAAACAGAUUAAACUGAUUGAUGUUUAUUUUUAUUAAUUGUGAUUUUUUCUGCUUAAUGAAAACACAUUGAAUAUUAAUAUUAAUCAGACCAAUAAAUAACUUUUUAAUGCAGAAAUGUGAAUUUUCUAAAUAUUCUUUUAAUCUGACAAAAAGUUUCAUCUGCACAUUUAUUCUGUCUUAUUAAAUAUGACUGUUUUAUAUUUGUUCAUAAACUAAACUGUUUGUGUUAAAUGUUCCUCCUGGAAGCAUCUAAAUCAUUUCAUUUAUUACGUUUCUGAUGUUUCUGGUAUUUAUGCAUCAUUUCUCCAGUCAAAACAUUUCACUGGUUUCACUGGUUCCACUGGUUCCACUGGUUUUACUGGUUCCACUGGUUCAGUGUCUGGUCCUGCUGCUGUUACUUAAAGCUGCAUGUUUGUUGCUUCAGUCUCAUCUCAGAGUUCUCAUGUCUUUAGUAACGGCUGGUUUCAUUCCUGUCUGGCAGAGAUAAUGUUCAUGGUUCUGGAGUCGGAACAAUAAACUCAUAAAUUCUCCGUUUGGAUCUUUAUUGUAAUAACUUGUAAAAUAAAUGCAGGCAGAUUGUUGAACCAUCUGAGGUCAGCAGGUCAACCAACAUGUUCAGGAAGCAGAAACCAGUUCAGAUGAUGUUCAGCUCGUUCACAUCAGUCCUGAAUAUUAAAAACAUAAAACUCAAACUUA